GAGCAAAUCAUGGAAUACUUCAAACAGCAAGUCCUCCUUCUCAGGGAAAAAGCUCUUUUGCAGGCAUCUGUACGUGAAGAGAAAAAAUUGCUCGUUGAAAAUGCCAAACUGAAAAAAGACAUUGACGACCUGAAGAAACUGCUUCAAGACACGCAGAGGAGAAAAGCAGGGGGUCGUAGGGAACCCGGGACAGUGGCUCGGCCAGACCUGGGGGCCUCCGCGUUGGAGACAGACUCUGGGGUGGAUGUGUCCAGACUGGACCUUCGCGUCGGCCGUAUUCUGUCUGUCAGGUGCCACCUGGAUGCCGAGUCCCUCUGCGUGCAGGAAGUGGACCUGGGGGAGACCACAUCCAGGAUGGUGGUUAGUGGCCUUGUCAAACACUUGACUCCUGAGCAGAUGCACGAUCGCUUGACUGUGUUGCUGUGUAAUGUGCGGCCAGUGAAAGUCCGUGGGGUUCUGUCCCAGGCUCGGAUUCUGUGUGCUUUCAGUCAGGAUGAUCUGGAACCACUGGAACCGCCCACUGGGGCUCAACCCGGAGACAGAGUCACCUUCCAGGGUUACCCCGGGGAUCCAGAUCGGGAGCUGAAUCCCAAACGUAGAGUAUGGGAACGCCUUCAGUCCGACUUGCGAACGGACACCAAGGGCGUGGCCACGUACAGGGGCGUGGCCUUUGAAGUAAGGGGGAAGGGCCUGUGCCGUGCUCCCAGCAUAAGCCACGGAGGAAUCAAAUGA